AUGCAACCACUGUCCGUCGUAACGAACAACAACAACCCUUUGGAUGCGGAGAAAAUGAUGCAAGAUGAUGACUUGGAAAUAUUAUAUGGAUUUGAAUGCAUUACUAAUGAUGUCAUUGAACAUGAUAUCAUUCCUUUUGUAGAUUACCAUAGUCUGAUCACAGUAAUUCCGUUAGUUUCAAAGACUUGGUACCAUAUGGCAAACAAAGUAGGCAUGUGGUUUACUAUUGUUUGUAAAGAGUGCGGAAUUCAUGCAGAAAAUCUUUCAAAUUACGUUACAUGUUGUAAAAUUAAUAAUAUUCGGAACAGAAAUUCUACAAGCUGGGAUAGUUACUUGUUUGAUGAAGAUUUGUAUAUAUUGAAGAGAUUGUAUUACACUAUUCGUAAAUUGUUUCCAACAAAAUUGUUAACACCAAACGAGGACACGUCCCGACAAUUUAGAAUACCUGAUUUGAUCACAAGAGACCCAAACAAUCCACAUGUUUUAAUAUUUAACAACCAAAGGUUCAAGGAAAAUACUUUUGGUUUUGAUCUUAAUUUAAUGAGUGACAAAAGAAUUCCAAACUUGUUGUUUCUUCCAACUCCAAAACCAUCUCUUGGAGAAAGCACCGAAAGUCAUGACUCUGCCCCACAAGAAAAUACAGUGCCAGACCGAGACAUUUCUCAAUUGGUUCCUGUGUAUUACUUUGAGGUUGGAACAAUGGAACUUGAUAGCGAGUUAAAAACACCAACCAUUACAUCACCUACAACACCUCUCUCUUCAGCAUCUACGUUCUCUCCAAACAUAUCUACUCAAAAAUCAAGACGAGUCUUUGAAAAGAAGGAAAAGCGUGGAAGAAACUCCAUUGGGGUAUUGCAUGCAUGCUAUCAAACAAGACGACAAGUGGGUUGGGAUGAAUGUGGCGCAGGAUUUCAUAGCGAUGAUGGUAAAGUUUUUGUCGCAGAGGGUGGCAGUGAUUUUGAUAUUUUGAUCAAAGAAAAAAAGCCUAUACUUGGAGAUACGUUAGGAUGUGGUGUAUUAGCUAACAAUGGACAGGGAAUUGCUUUCUUCACGUUGAAUGGCAGAUUCAUGGCGUCACCAUUCACUGUUAAAACAACAAAAGAGGACAUGAGGUUCGGGCUUGGAUUUUGGAAGAAUGAGAAGGUGGUUUGCAACUUUGGUCAAAUCCCUUUUCAAUACAACAUUACCAAUGUAUUCGACGAUGUUGAAAGAUAUCUAGGAGACCAUCCAGUGGAUAAUCUACCUGCUCUAUCAGAUUCAGGAUACUCGUAUGAAAGAGAAACAGUCACUGGUCUUUUGGAUCGAUUGUCAACUCUCAGACUCAGAUUAAACAGAGCUAGUGAACAUUUAAACAUGGUAUCUAGAGCUGUAAGAGGAAUGGAUUUAUCACCCUCUUGGUUCGAAUCUGAUGAAGAAUUUGACGACAACGCUGGCUCUGACUACCAACCUUCUGAAUCAGAAUCAUCACAAGAUGACGAGGUACAAGAGCAAGCUCAAUUUAGUGAUCCAGAGGAAGAAGAAAGCAGUUACGAGGAAGAAGGCCAAAACGGUGGUGCAGAGAUGGACACUGGUGAAGAAGAAUAA